AUGUCUUUGACUGGUCGAAAAUCUAUCCCUCAACAGCUAGUUUUCGAUCAUCCAAACUCGGACGUCCAACAAGCUGCCUCUACCCUCAGCCGCCCUCCAGACAGUUCUUCCAGUCUCAACAAACCUCUACCGAGAUCACCACCCAUUUCACCAGUAGUAAAAUCCCCCGUCGGCUCAUCCAAGAUCAGCAACUUCUUUGGCUGGGGACAACCAUCUCCCGCCAUCACCGAUCAGCCUCGCAACAGCAGCAGCAGCAGCAGCAGCAGCAAGGAGGACUACUCCCCUAUCCCGUCGCCUACGUCACCGAGGAGGAAGGAAUCUCUCCCCGAUGAAUCUCCAGAGGCUCAAGGAAAACCCAUCCCAAUACAGUCAUACACACAACAGGGCAGUGCCCUUGUGCAUAUCGAGAAAUAUUUCCCCACCCCGCCGAAUUCCUAUUCAGCAGCCGCCAUCGUCGAGAUCGAGGAGAUGGAGGACGAGCUGAAGGCCAUCAGCGCCGAAUUGGCCUCGUCCAUUCGGCGCGAGAUGGAUCUAGAAGACCUCGUGGAGAGGUUACAGGCCGAAGUUGCCCAGGCACCUGGGAAGAGGACCAGUGAUUACUUCUCAGACUCGGGCUACAGCAAAUCCAGCGACAGCGAACAGACGUCCAAGGAGGAGAUCGCGCAGAUCCAGCGCAGGGCCGAGCAGGACAGGGCACAGCUGCGGUUAGAGCUGACCAACAAGCUCCAGGAGGAGCGCGGCCGCCGGAGCGUGCUCGACCUGCAGAUCAAGGAGCUGGCCGAGAAGGCUUCUCAGGCCGACACGGCUCAGAUGACCAGCAAGGACGCCGACGCUAGGGUCAAGGAACUGGAGAAGACCUGCGAGGAUCUCCGCCGCCGGUUGUCUGAGGAGAAGCAGGUCAAGGACAACUUCGAGGAUCUGUUCUCUGCGCUCAAGGGCGAGCUGGAGAGCGCCUCUCUGGAGCGCGACAACCUCAGGGAUGAGGUGGUCCCCCAGCUCAAGGCCCGCGUCGAAGGCCUCGAGGCGCAGCAGGCCGACAGCGAGAAGCUGGCAUACGAGACGACCAAGAUGCAGCAGGAGCUUCAGGCGCUCCGCGACACCAAGACGAAGCACGACUCUCUCGCGCGGCUCAGGUCGAGCUCCAUCACUGGACAGUCUUUCAAGCUCGGACGCCCACCGUCUGGGAUCCACACCGCCGGCCUGAGCAGGUCAAACACCGUCAAGAGCGGCCACGUCGAGUCUAGAGAGGCCCUUUCCGAGCGGCUCAAGGACGUGGAGGCCCAGCGUGAUGCUCUGCACACUGCGCUGAAGAACCUCCUCGACCGACAGGACUUCCAGAACCGGGAGAACGAGAAGAAGAUCAAGACUCUGGAGGUCGAGCGCGACCGCCUCCUCUCUGCUUCGCCACGGAAGGCUGGCUUCGAGAGGGAGGUCUCAACCCUGCGCGAAGAAGUCAGUGUGUUGCGCCGGCGGGCCGAAGAGGCCAUCGAGCAGAAGUGGCAGGUCGAGAAGGGCCUCAUAGGCCUGAAGAGCGACCUGGACCGUGCCGAGGAAGAAAUCACCUCGCUGAGGGCCCUCCUCAACGAGAAGGACAUCCUCAUCCCGGAUGCAUUCUCGCGCUACAGCAGCACCUCGGCCACAGGCAAACCUGGCGUGGCUGUUACCUCGUCGUCCCUCGAGAAGGCCUACAAGGAUCUGCAAAAGUCCUAUAUGGAGGCACUUGAUGGGAUCAAGGACCUGGAUAUCGGCGGCACCAGCGCGUCGCAGGACGAGAGGACCAGGCUUGCCAUGAAACGACUUGAGCGUUCGCUGUCCGCGGCCCUUCUUGAGCGCGACGAUGCCCGUCUCGAAGCAGCUGCUAUGCAGGAUCAGGUCGACAGCCUCCAGGAAGCUGAGAAGGCACACCUCGAGAGUGAGGGCGAUCUGGCAGACCAGCUCCGGGACUCGGCGAACCGGGUCGAGGAGCUCACGCAACAGGUCCGCUCUCAGCUGGCCAUCAACGCAUCCCUGCGCACCCGCCUCGCCGACACCCUCGCCAGAGGUGAGGCCACCCAGAAGGCGAACAAGGACCGCCUCGCUAGCAUGCAGAACCGCAUGAGGGUGCUUGAAGAGGAAGUUGUGGCGGCGCAGACAGCCGCCGAAGAGCGCGUCAACCGCCAUGAGGAGGAGCUGGCCUCGCUGCGAGAGGCAAACAACGGCAGCCUGAAGCGCCGGAGUGAGUCCAGCGGUGGACUGAGGUCCCCGCGGCUGUUCCCCCCGAAGUCGCCUAUGUCGCCGCUCCUGUCGCCCAACUCGGGCGGAAGAUUCCCCCGUAUGCUCAGCUCGCACUCGAGGAAGAGCUCCCGGGCCCGCCCGGCCAAUUCGGAGCAGCAGGAGGAGGACGACAAGCAGGUCGACGCGCUGAAGGAGCGCAUCGCUGAGCUCGAGAAGGCUCUCGUCACGGCUGAUUUCGAGAUGCAGGAGGUCGUGAGUAGGAUGAACACGGCCCAGAUCGAUGUCAUGACCCUCCAGGAGGAGCGUGAGACCGCCGCGCGCGAGACCAAGAAGCUCCAGAAACAGCUCGAGGACGAGAGGGUCAGGGCUUUCCAGGAACGAUUCAACACCAUCACGAACUAAUACCGAGAAAGAGAGAGAGUUGGCAUGAGUUGAUGGCUGUACCAACACUAAAGCAUCGUCACAUUUUUUGGAUCGUUUGCAUGAUGCAUUUACACCGGUUGAGCAUAUCAGCACGCGAUACCCCCCGAUCCCACAUCGGGACUUGCACUUUUUACUGGACCACCAGCGUCCGACACGAGGAGGCUUGCGUCCCUGUCCUGGAAAUCAGACCAGCAUCGGCGUUUUAUUAUUAUUAUUAUUAUUAUUGGCAUUGGACAUGUUUGAGCUUCUCGGGAAGCAUUGUGCGGCUCGCCCACCCUACCGCCGAAUACAUGCAUCUCUCUCUCUCUCUCUCUCUAUAUAUACCGACGGCCACGCUUUCGAAGCACCUUCCUAUCUAAUGUUUCCUGGACACAUACAAGUCUCGGCAUAUCCGCCUCUGGGCUGCUGUUGUCUACAUGCAUUCAUAGAGCACGACCUCCACCUUUUAUUUUUGGGUCUAAUACUCGCUUCUUCAAGACUAUAUUGGGGGGCUUUUAAAAGUGGGAUGGAGGGACGAAUGGGUGGAAGGACAAGCCAAAGGGGCUGGUUGGAUUAUUAAGACUGCUGGGCUCCAUAGAUUACAGCCAACCAUAACUUUAGUUAUCUUGGAAUAAUGACCAUGGCGGGCCAGUCAUUUGGCACCGCUUUGGAUAGACC